AUAAAAGACAAAUGGAAGGAAGCUUGUGAUUCAUAAAGAGCAUGAUUCACAGGAUUUCGUAUUUGGAGGCGAUGAAAUUAUAAAGUUUUAUUUUCAACUGCGUAGAAAAUAUGAACAGGAUAGGUUCAAGUUUCGUUUGCAAUAAUUUUGAAUGAAAUGGCGGGAUAGUAGAAGAGGAAGAAAGAAAAUAAAUUACUGGAGAACAGAUAUAUAAGACUAGACCUUACAUUUGAGAGACAUAAGAGACGAGAAAAAAGAAUUUACUGACAAUUGUUAUAUUUGUUUCAAAGAUCUUAAUUCUAAAGGACCUAACAAUUUGUUGAACAUCAAAUUAGACUAUGGCUUCUACAUUUUCAUCGGAAGUUUUGGUUUUACUUUUGGCUGCUAGCUUUUCAGUUGUUCGAGCUGCCCUUAUUUUUGAGAAGUGCACGCGCCACUCCCAAUGUCCGGCAAACUCCGGGUGUCGCCCGAGCGGAUGUGACGGCUACACUUGUCGUUGUGACGUCAAUUUUGUGUACAGUGACGACAGAAGCCAUUGUAUACCAGGUAAACUAGUGGGGCAAACCUGUGACGCUAACCUGAACAAAUGUCUUUCUCCGUUCGCCCUCUGUACGGACGGUGUCUGUCAGUGUAACGAAUUGAUGGAACCAACGUCAGAUGGUCUAUGCAAGGCCCCAUAUGAGGCGGAAAUACACCAGUCUUGUGAGGAAAAAUUCUGCGUCCUCUCUACAUCGUGCAUCAAUGACGUCUGCAAUUGCCCGGAUGAUAAAAGAGAGAUAACUCCCAGCGAAUACUGGCUGGAUCCGUUCAAGGCUCGAAGAUGUGUCGACAAAAAUUUUUCUCUUGAUUCUUGUAAAGGUGUCAAGCUACCUUUAUUAUCUGAUCUGCCUGAGAAAAAUGAUGUUUCCCUCACAUACGAUAAACAGCAAGAAUCUUAUGACAAAACACACGAAGAAAUGCCCAACGACAAACAGAAACCACAAAGCAACCCUGGAAUUGUGACGUUAGUCAGUAGAGCAUCCCAAACAGAGUCGGGUAUUAGCAAGGUAAAGAUUACAGGAAAUUCGUUCACUUUGGACACAAUAAAACCAUCAACGGCGGAAUAUAAAGAACAAGGUCCUAUUGCCGUUAGAAUUAAGCCUCGGGGAUUCAAAAACUCGCAGGAUAAUGAACUAUUCGAAACAACAGAUAAAAAAGGAACGAGGUAUGAUGAUGAUACUUUAAAUGACGUGGGAAAAGAUUAUGUAGGUUCGCCUGCUAGUAAGACUGACCUAAAUACUGUAACGGAUUCUGUCAUGUCUAAUGCAGCCAAUGCUCGCUCAACAACACAUUUAUUUGAGUCUGCAUCCGGUCUUGUAAACGAUAAUAUCGUUACACCACAAACAACUGUAUUUACCUCACCAACUGGGGACGAUACGCUGGCUGCCAGCAUACAAACUCCAGAUAAUCUGGAUUCGGGUGAGAUGGAGAAAUAUGUUCCAGGCGAGAACUUCCUGGCUCCUGGUAAUUUUGAUUCGAGUGAGAUAGCGAAAGAUAACGUUGUUACGGUUAAAGCCGAAACAAAAAGUCAAGAACAAGUUACAACGGCCUUUGAUACUGGCAUUCAAAAUCAAAACGGUGCUGACACUGGACGUCUGCAAGCUCUACUGAAAUCAAUCGUCGGCAACAUGUUGCAGAGUAAGAACAAAGUCAACAUUUAUCAUGGCUGUAGUGCAGAUCUCCAAUGCCCUGCGCAUGCGUUUUGCACCAUUCGAGGUUGCAAUCAGCGUAAACAAUGCUUGUGUUCAGAAGGGUUCAUGGUGAAUAGAAAUGGUACUCAAUGUAUACCAGACGCCUCCCGCCCAUGUGUGGUCAGUGAGUUUCGCUGUGACAACGGCCGCUGUAUCCCCCUGUCCUGGGUCUGUGACGGAGUGAAGGACUGUCCCAACAAUGAGGACGAAGGAACACAAUGCUUGGGUGAUGAUUCUUCAAUUCAAAAAGCCAAUUCGAGAGUGACUGACCGACUGGAGGAUAAAAUAAACCACGAGGCAGCCAUGAGGAUACACCUAGAGAAGGGGAUCCAGGACCUACGGCAGGAGAUAUCCCGACUCAGAGAGGAGUAUACAGAAAAAAUGACACCUAGCCCCCAAAACCAGGCUCUCCCGACAGGGUUUUCACCAGAACACUUUUCAAUGAUGGCUAAAAAGCAAAAUCCUUGGCCAAAUCAUGAUGACGAUGUAUUCUACGAAGGUUACACAGAAACUAUUCAAAACUUGCUGAAAAAGUAUGAAGUGUAUACAUUAUGGGGAAGCAAGCUUUGUCCACGAGAUAAAAACACAAAAACAAUGUAUACAGGUAUAAUGUCCUCUAAUCUUCCCAGUGGUAAAAAUAAGGGAUCCGGAGAUGUUCUUUGUCUCCCAGAAGUUCCGGAAUUCGACAACUUGACCGCGUCAGGUUCCACCAAAAAAACAACAAACCACAAAAUUAUUAUUUCCGGUUUUAGUCGCCAUUUGACCUGUGCUGUCUGCCAAGUGCAACUGAUAUCCUCAGUUGUUAUGAUUCCCGCCAAAACGAGCUGCCCAAAAGAUUGGAAAUUGGAAUACGCCGGUGUAUUAGUUUCCCCCGGAAGUAAAGACACUUCGCCAUCUCGCUACGUUUGUGUGGAAAAGGGCGCUAUAUAUAACGGCGGAUUAGAGGACAGCAGAGGUCACGGGCCUUUCUUGACCCCUGUUACUGCGCAGUGUGGGAGGAUACCCUGCCCUCCAUACUCACAAGACCAGUAUCUCCCCUGUGUAGUGUGUUCAAUUUGAAAAAAAAUACCACACAGUUUACUAGAAGAUAUUACGUUAUGAGAAUUUAUAAAUAUAUCUUUAAGCGCUUUCCCUCUUAACGUUUGACGUAAAGACCAAUCUAAGUCUGGUUAAACCA